AUGAGUCCAGAGCAAAUGAAAGCCAUUGCGUUGGAAAUAAUUGAGCAGCGAUUUCCGGCUGAGGAAUGGAUACUGACCUUUAGGGACCAGGGGGCUGGAGCUGGAGUUUUUAGCAAGCUUUUCAGUUUCUACUUACCCGUAGGAGCUUACUCCACGCAUUUUGAUGGAGAACUGAAAGUCAUCCAGGUGGCUCUUCAACAACUAUCAUUAAUCCAGAACUCUUUCAAGAAAGUAGUUAUCCUUUCAGAUUCAACUUCAGCAAUGCAGGCCAUCUUCUCUUAUCAAGAGUGUAAGAACAUGUUAGUCAAGCAGAGCCAGGAAAUCAUAAAAGAACUUUUCCACAAGAUAUCUUUUCAAUGGGUACCCUCACACUGGAAAUGA